AGAUAUCACACCAGAGAUCCAGACUGUGAAAGAUACGCGUUGCGCAGAAUCUGUCUGGCGUUGCAAUGACGUCGUGACAAAAAAUUCAGUGUAUGCUCGCCUUAAAUCUGAUCGUCGAGGAGUUGAUCGCACGGUCAGCACCAAUUUCUGCUUGAAGAGAGCCAAUGUUGUCCAGACUUCUGAUGUUUUGAAUGUAACUUGAGAGGCAUGGCUCACGCCCAAGAGGAACAGUUUGACUUUUUGUUCAAAGUGGUUUUGAUCGGUGACUGUGGCGUCGGGAAGACCUGUCUUGUUACUCGCUUCAAGUCGGGACAUUUUGUGGAACGGCAUGCCAGCACUAUCGGGGUCGACUUUUCAAUGAAGACUAUCGUGGUAGAUAACAAAAAAGUAAAGCUUCAGAUUUGGGACACAGCUGGCCAAGAGAGGUUCCGGACGAUUACCCAGAGUUACUACAGAUCGGCCCACGGAGUUAUAAUUGUGUACGACGUGACGAAGCGGUCGUCGUUCACGAGCGUGCGCCGCUGGAUGGACGAGGUGCGCCGCUACACCACGCCCAACGUGGCCGUCGUGCUGCUCGGCAACAAGUGCGACAUGGAGAAGGAUGUGCGGAGCGAGGAGACGGAGGCGCUGAUGGACAGCUAUCCGGAGAUAUUCGCCUUCAUCGAGACGUCGGCGAAGGAGAACCGCAAGAUCGACGAGCCGUUCCUGCGGCUGGCCAAGGUCCUGGUGAGUCAAACCCAGUUCCCGGAGCCGCUGCCAUCGACGGCCGAGCCCAUCCGGAUCGAGGCCGGCCGGCCGGUGGGCGGCGCCGCCUGCUGCCCCCGGUAGGAGCGCGUCGUCUGGCGAGCACGGCGGCCGCCGCGGGCGAGCCGGCUCCGCUGGCGGCGCGCGGCCCGCACGCGUCCGCCACAUCGGCGGCACCACUGUCCCGCCCCACGGCCGUUCGCUGUGGAGUGGCCCCUGCUCUGUGGCGGCCGGCCCCCGCCGACGGAUCAGCCGCUGCUGUCCGCGAGGCGCCGUCGCUCGCGGCACACCGACCUCUACCACCUGCGCCGCCGCUCUCGGUACACCGACCUCUACCACAUGCGCCGCCGCUCUCGGUACACCGACCUCUACCACCUGCGCCGCCGCUCUCGGUACACCGACCUCUACCACCUGCGCCGCCGCUCUCGGUACACCGACCUCUACCACCUGCGCCGCCGCUCUCGGUACACCGACCUCUACCACCUGCGCCGCCGCUCUCGGCACACCGACCUCUACCACCUGCGUCGGGCGGCCGCCGCCUUCAGAGCGAUCCCAGCGGCGAGGAGUGGUGUGUGCCAUCCGAUCUGGCCGGGCAGAGACGAGCCGCCGCCCAGACUGAACUAGCAUCACUUCGCGGCGGCCACUGACAGCAGCCUCGCCGCAGGUUCUGCGUCACCCUAGACCCUCAGCGCGCGCUGAGGAUAUCGCUGCUCCUGCGUUGUGAUGGAUAUCCAUGGGAGUGCGUGACGGUAUUUGCCGUGGCCGGCAACCAGGCGGGACGAAGAGGCCGGAAUGUCUGGAGACCGCUCUGGUAUUUUUGUACAUUUCCGGGCUGAUCUCGAUGGGACACGGUGUGUGCGAUAGCACGCUUCAAGGUGAACUGACUUAACAUUUCUGUCUGUGAUUAUGAAGUGGGACAUUGCUAGAAACCGUAGCCACUGCUGGGCAAUGGUGAGCCUCCUUGGGGGGGGGGGGGGGGGCUUUCGCAUAACGUUACAGGUGGUCAUCUGUCUGUUGGGCCGGCCGGACUGGGUUUACACUUGUAUGAUUUGCUUGGUUGCAGUGCUUAUGGCCAGUGACUACGGAGAGCGACAGGUUCCUGGACCAGCUUUACAUAUUUACGUUGCUAAUGCCAGCUUUACAUAUUUACGUUACGAGCGUAUUGUAUUUGUCGUGCGAAGAUACUGCCGUGUUGUAUGAUAUGUGUGUAUGGUUGUAUUGGACGUCACCGGGUGUGAGUCCCUCGUGCAUAGUGUGGGCGUGUGCAUCAGACGCCCUCCGCUCGGCCUGUGCACUGCCAACCACCGCCAACCAUCGCCAACCAUCGCCAACCAUCGCCAACCGGCCGCGAAGGUCGCGUUAUUCACACCUGUGUUGGCUAGUCUGAGGGAAGACGAUGGUGGCAAUUCUGGGAGCUUUCCACGUCUGGAACGAAGCCCGGCAAGAUGCGUUUACGUAAUAUUUCGACAUUUUUGGCAGGCAUGUAGAGUGGGUUUGACAUGACUCCAGCACCCGCCGUCACGCAGCGUCCUGACCAAUGGCAGCUGCCGUGACGCCGCUGUGACGUGCGCCGGCCGCGGGCGGGCCGUCGUCGCCUCGCUCGCUCCGGUGAUUCGGCCCAUUGGGGUGUCGUGAAGCGCAGGCACCCCGGCGUGGAUUGGGCCGGACCGCGCCGUGGCUGUAAUGGCAUGCGCUGCUGGUUUUUGUCGUGGCGUCGGCUCGCGGCGGGGUUUUCCCCGCUGCCUCCAGUGAUGCGGCGGACCCACAUGCGCGGCGCUGUUGGCGACCGGGUGUCGCUCUGUCCCGGGCCAGGCUCCUGCCGCUCGAGGUGCCUGAGGCGAAUUUGCCUGAUGGUAGCGUCAUUGGCAUUGGCACAGGCCCCAGCUUGUGUCGUCUUGCCAUGGUGUGAUCACUACGCGGUGUGGUAUAUUUAUUACACUGUCUGGUCUCGUCAAUACAUGGGCAUGCCAACA